UGCUCCUGGAAAAAGCUGUCGGAUGUUACCAUGACUACUGGGCGCAUGCUGUCAAACAAAUAUGGCUCUUAACAUGUCCUUGCAAAUAUAAAUUACUUCGUAUCUGUCAAAAAGAAGGGUCAAGACCAACCAGGGACACAAAUGGCUGCAUCUAAAGCAGUUAUCCCUAGAGUGCGAGCGGCGAGGACGUCCAAAAGAGUUGACAAAUCAUCUCCAACGUCCACUCAGAAGUUCAUCGAAAGACUGCCAACUGACAUCCUAAAUAAGAUUCUGUCAUACCUGGAUGCCUCAGCUCUAUUCACCAUCAGCCACGUCAAUAAGCGCUUCUAUCAGCUUGCCAGUGAUAAUUAUUUUCAACUAUUCAUAAUCCUUUUCUAUACCUGCCAAUACUAUCAAUGUAGUGCUCUGUGGAACAAGAUAUACUUAACAGAGUUCUUCAUGGAUAAAACGCGGAAACCUAAAUGUGUGGACAAGCUGUUGCUGAAGACAGCCUCUGCCGAGGUGCAGGGUCAAGCUGCUGGCUAUUGCAAGCAGUUGUUCUUCAAGACUCUGGCCGCACGUGAUAUGAACAAGUGGAAAAGAGAUCUUGGACUCAUUAGCCAUCACACUGGGCUGCCUAGACAGACAGAGCGGGUUCUCAGAAACUUAGACAUCACCUGGGAGCUGACGGUCUCUGAUAAGUCAGGGCAUGAGGACACAUUGGAGCUGAGCUGCUCCCAGUUCUUCGAGACUUCUGUGACUCUGUGCUGGAGUGGUGGAGGCUGCUUGCCUGACUACCAGCAGAUUUCUACACUUCAGCUCCAUGGUGUCAGGAGGAUAGCUCUUAGCUGCCCUGGCCUAAAGAAUCCUGGCAGGAGGUCCCUCAUAGUGAAGUUAGACAUGCAGGCUUUACCUAAAGGUGUGCAAGUCAUUGGUCAGGACAGACUGGUGGAAAUUAAGUUGCUACAGCCUGGCAUCAUCAUGGGUAUCUGGAGGGGCCAGUGCUCUGUUGCCUUUGUCAUGUUCACCCUCCACUUGCACAGGCUGUUGGAAAGAAGCAUCCAGGGAUCUAUUGUAUGCCCCUACAUCGAGCCAAUGGUAAAAUCCCCCUUUGACGACAUAGACCCUGAAUAUGGUCUCCAUGGUUACCAACUACACAUUACACUCCACAACAAUGUAUGCAAGUUCAUGUCUGCAAGCUUUUCCCAGCUCUUCUGUCGAAGAGAUCAGGUCAGAGAUGGACUCGUCCAGCUGACUGCCAUUAGCAUGACAAACCUGUCUCAGCACACACCCCUGACAGGCAACAUCACCCUGACCUGGAGGUGUGAGGCCCUACAGGGCUCAGUGGAGAAUUGCUGCAUCAUGAGUCUGACUCUGCUGGAUGAAUUCAGGAAACCCUUCUGGUGUAUCAGCUGUCCUGUUUCCAUGGAGCUGCAAAAAUCAGCUCUUUCCUAUGACUAUGAUGGUGAGCACCACCUGAUCCACUAUCAGGACUCUGAGGGUCAGGUGAAGAUGAAACUUGUAUGGAUGGAUGAACAGAAGCAGUUUGUCCUUGUUAGCUUAGUUGUCUAUGUGAUCACUUGCAAAGUCAACAAGCAUUUUAGUAGAGAAUACUGAACCUGCAGUAUUUCUGGAACAUUUUAAUUAAACAUAUCUGUUUAAACAAAU